AUGGCGACCAGCAACAAGAAAAUCGCGUUGCAUCUGACGGACCUCCCCGACCACCUCCUAGCGGAGAUCUUCCUCAGGCUGCCCGACCCGGCCGACCUAGCCCGCGCCUCCGCGGCCUGCGUCACCUUCCGCCGACUCGCCACCGACCGGUACUUUCUCCGCCGCUUCCGCUGCCUCCACACACCACCACUCCUCGGCUUCCUCGACCGCGACGGGUUCCAUCCAGCACUACCGCCUCACCCCUCCGCACCCGCCGCCCGCGCGCUCGCCAUCUCCGCCGAUCUCUCCUUCUCUUUCCUCCCCUCCCAUCACCUUUGGACCGUCCAGGACAGCCGCGACGGCCGCGUCCUCCUCCAUCGCGGGCCCAAAAUGUGCGAGGUGACCCCGAUCUUCCGGGAGCUGGCAGCGUGCGACCCUUUGCGCCGGUGGUAUCUCGUGCUCCCCCGAGUACCUGACGACCUAGCCGCUUCGGUAGGCAGAUGUCGGUGCAAGCCUUCUCUCUUUCCCCUCGGCGACGAUGAGGAGGAAGCUGCGGCUCAAGAGGCAUCAUUCCGAGUGAUUUGGAUGGCAUACUCCGAAACUAAGCUGGCCGCCUUCGUGUUCUCGUGGAGCACCGGACAAUGGAGAGCUGCUGCAUCCAAAGGUUGGAGUGAUUUGGUCCUUAGCGGCAGCGAAUCCGCCAUGAUGCCACAGGUCCACCCUCUUUUUAUCAGGCACCACUAUGCUUAUGGGUGCUUCUACUGGGACUGGACGCUGUUCUGGAGGAAAACGUUGCUCAUGCUUGACACAAGAAGGAUGGAGUUCUCCAUUGUUGUCCCCCCACCUGGAGAAUGGAGAAAGGAAGGUUUUGCCGUUGUGGAGGCAGGGGAAGGCAGGCUUGGGAUGUUUGGUUUCCAUGGUCAACCUGCAUCUGACCUUACCUAUACCUUUGCACAGAACAAAGGCGAGAAUCCCAGCCAGUGGCAUAUGGAGAAGAUAAUCUCACUAGAUUCUGGUUACCGGUAUUAUAUCAUAGCUGUAAAUGCAAGGUAUUUGCUAUUGAUAAGGACACCAGACAUAUCUCAAGUGAACCCACUCUUUGAAUAUUUUUUGAUUGACGUCAAGACGUUGCGGCUUCAGAGGGUUUAUUCACAUUAUAACAGGCUUAAGUUUGUGGGGACACACAUAUAUACCAACUUCCCGCCAUCAUUGUGGUCUUCACACACAAAUAUGAAGUGGUGA